CGUCACACAGCCGGCUUUUCUCUCUCCGCUCCUCCUUGCGCACUGGUCUGCAGACAUGGCGAACGUCGUAGACACCAAACUCUACGACAUCCUCGGAGUAUCUCCCUCAGCCACCGAAAACGAGCUGAAAAAGGCAUACCGGAAAUUAGCAAAAGAAUACCAUCCUGAUAAAAACCCCAAUGCAGGUGACAAGUUUAAGGAGAUCAGCUUUGCAUAUGAGGUCCUGACUACCCCGGAGAAGAAAGAACUGUACGACCGGUAUGGGGAACAAGGCUUGCGUGAGGGAGGCGGUGGUGGAGCUGGAAUGGAGGACAUCUUCUCUCACAUCUUUGGUGGAGGUUUGUUCAGCUUCAUGGGCGGCCAGAGCAGCAGGAGCCGAAAUGGUGGUCGGCGGAGAGGAGAAGACAUGAUACAUCCACUUAAGGUGUCUCUGGAAGAUAUUUACAAUGGUAAAACAACUAAACUACAACUCAGUAAGAAUGUACUCUGCAGUGCCUGCAAUGGUCAAGGGGGUAAAACCGGGGCAGUGCAGAAGUGUGCCACAUGUAGGGGACGUGGCAUGAGGAUCAUGAUCAGACAGCUGGCCCCUGGUAUGGUACAGCAGAUGCAGUCUGUGUGUACCGACUGCAAUGGAGAGGGGGAGGUGAUCAAUGAGAAAGAUCGCUGUAAAGAGUGUGAGGGCCGUAAGGUGAGUAAGGAGGUGAAGGUUUUGGAGGUGCAUGUGGAUAAAGGAAUGAAACAUGGCCAGAAGAUCACAUUCACUGGAGAGGCAGACCAGUCGCCCAACACAGAGCCUGGAGACAUUAUACUGGUGCUGCAGGAGAAAGAGCAUGAGGAUUUCCGUCGCGAUGGCAAUGACCUGCACAUGUGUCACAAGAUUGGCCUGGUGGAGGCACUCUGCGGUUUUCAGUUUACGCUUGCGCACCUCGACGGACGACAUCUUGUCAUCAAAUACCCCCCUGGCAAAGUCAUAGAGCCAGGUUGUACAAGGGUCGUCCGAGGGGAAGGAAUGCCUCAGUACAGAAACCCAUUUGAGAAAGGAGAUCUGUACAUCAAGUUUGACGUCCAGUUUCCAGAGAACGGCUGGAUCAGCACAGAGAAACUAACGGAGUUGGAGGAUCUGUUGCCGUCCCGUACAGAGGUUCCUGUCAUCUCGACUGAUGCAGAGGAAGUUGACCUGCAGGACUUUGACCUCAGUCAGGGGUCAUCUAGCGGUCAACGACGUGAAGCGUACCAUGACAGCUCCGACGAGGAGGGGGGUCCACAUGGACCAGGGGUGCAGUGCGCCCACCAGUAGUCUCAGAAGGUGUUUUUUUGGAAAUGUAAAGAUUCUCUUUUGUCGGACAGAUUCAAACAUCACAUAGUGGACCGAACACACACACACACUAUCAAGAGUCAGACUGGAUCUUAAACAACACACACACACACACACACACACACACACACACACACACACACACACACACAGUCACAUGGAUUAUUUACAUUCAGGCUACACACAUGCAAUCAUACACUGUUUUAAAAGAAUAAGCAAGCAUAACUACAUGCAAAGCAAAAUAAUAAUUUAUUCAUUACUAUCAUUUCCAUUGUAGAAUUUCACCGUAUAUAUUCUCUCUGAAUAAAUAAAACUUGUUAUUAGAGGGAGGCAGACUUUGUGAUUUAAGAAAUAAUGAAUGCGCAUUUGUUAGAGAGCGACUGAGGCGGCGUUUACUGGAGUUCAUUAAAGAUGUUCAAAUGUGUUUCGCCAAAUGUUCAGGAAUUGUUAAUCAUUUUGCGUUAUUACUUCUGAAGUACUUACACGUGGGCAACAGUGGCUAUCUGCAAAGUGAUAUACAUCACACUCUGUUUGAGAUUAAAAAAACGCAACCAAAAUCUCAGUGUUUUAUUGUGCUCACUGUAUACAAUAAGAGUCAUGCAUUUCCUUAAUUAUUUGUCAAAGAAUCACUACAGUGAUCUUGUAAAAUCAACAGCAAACGUGUGCAUGCAUGUAAGCACUGAUAUAGACCUGGAGGGGGCGCUUUUUAUAAAUGGCAACUUAGAAAGUGCUUGAACCAUGAACACAAGUUGCUCUCAUUCAAACACAGUUCCUUCCGUGAUUAAACAUCAAUAAAGUCGAUGAAUGUU